ACUACGUGCCCUCCUGACCUUAGGCAUCAUUUAUCACUGUAGCUUCAUUCAAGUCAUAAUACGAAGGUCAUAAUGUGAAAUCGUGAAUUCGUGGUUAUCUUUAACAACGCCAGACGUACUUCGAUUUAAUUUAUUUUCUAUUGAAACUAUAAAAAGCUUAUAAUUCUUGCUAUAUUAUUUUCUGCAUUAGAGUAAGGAAAGCAGAGGCGGGGCAAACCUGUAAAACUUAUACACUCCUCCAACGCGCCUGCGCCAAAUUAAGACCCGUGCGUCGCAGAAAAGAAAAGAAAGUAGGAUAUUUAUACUGUCUUCUUUUGUGAGUUUUCUACUUUUUUUUUUACACAGUUCAAGUCAAUAUACUCAAUAUUCCGAUUACGCAAAGGCCAUUUUUUUUGUCGCGCGCAAAAUCUAUGUACUUUUGAAAGAAAUUUCGGGAACCAGAACGGGCGCGUCCAAAAUGUACAACGGCACUAUUUCUCAAUUAAGGAUGGAACCCACGGUCCCGGUGGUCAUGUUCAUAUUCGGGGUGAUGAGCAACCUGAUCGCCAUCGUCGUGCUGUGUAAAUCCAGAAAAGAGCAGAAGGAGACGAUAUUUUACACGCUGGUGUGCGGCCUCGCGGUCACGGAUCUUUUGGGCACGGUGCUCGCGAGUCCUGUCACUAUUGUCACGUACGUGAAGGGCUCGUGGCCGGCUGGAGAGCCUCUGUGCCAGUAUUUCGGAUUCGUCCUGCUCUUCUUCUCUUUGGCCGGCCUCAGCAUCAUCUGUGCCAUGUCUGUGGAGAGGUACGUGGCCAUAAACCACGCAUACUUCUACAACGACUAUGUUAACCAGAGGCUGGCGGGCGCCACGCUUCUCGCCAUUUACGUCUCCAACGGUGUUUUCUGCGCCCUUCCGAGCGUGGGUUUCGGCCGGGUCACCAUGCAGUAUCCGGAGACAUGGUGCUUCCUAGAUUGGAGGACCGAGAAGAAUGUACAUGCUGCCUUCUCGUACAUGUACGCCGGUGUCAGCUUCGCCCUCAUCCUGGCCACGGUCGUCUGCAAUGUGGCGGUGUGUGGCGCACUGAUGCGGAUGCACCGCAGGUUUGUACGGAGGAUGUCGCUGAGCAGCGAUCAGGGGAGAGCCACGGAGGUCGGCAGGAAGCGCAGCUGUAGGCGCCUUGCAGGAGCCGAGAUCCACAUGGUCGUGCUGCUCAUCGCCACAUCUGCCGUGGUGCUCGUUUGCUCCAUUCCUCUCGUCGUGCAGGUGUUCAUCAACCAAAUAUAUAAGACUCCAGUGGAGAAACGGUUGGACAAAAACCCAGAUCUUUUGGCUAUACGGUUUGCUUCAACCAACCCUAUUCUAGAUCCAUGGAUCUACAUACUACUCCGGAAAACAGUCCUAAUCAAACUCACAAAAAACAUCAAUUAUCUGUUCUGCAAGAUCAUUGCUCGUGGGCAGCAGACACAGGCCAGUUUCCACUGGCUGGAGCGUCAGCGAGUGUCCUCCAUUAUCUCCAAAGACUCGCUAUCACUUGUAUCUCGGAAUAUGCGGGAGGUCAGAAGCACCUCGCAGACUUUUCUUUAUCUCUCUGCAAUCACUGAGCCCUACAAAGACACAUGCAGUUCAAGUCGCAUUGGGUCCUCUCCAUAUUCCUCCAAACACCUUGGCACAGAGUUCUCCAACAGGAACAGUUCAGAGAGUGAGGCAGAACCAUGCCCUAUUAACCACACAAGUCAUCCUUCAUGCUUAAAAGAACCGGAUCCUCAAAUGACAUUAAAUUUGUGAAUUUCAAGGAAAAAAGUAUUUAGUGCUAAAAGUCAGGUGCGGUGACAUCUGUAAGCCUAUUGGCAUUUAUAAGUAUUUUUGUUAUUUUCAUUUGUACCAUUUUAAUGGCAGCUGUAACAUGAAUUUUUAACAAAGGAUAUUUAGAACCAGUCAUGUUCUAUACUACAAAUAAAACACUGAAAUGCUCUAAAAAUCCCAUAACUAGCUACAUACAAUAGUGAUACACUUAUUUUUCCAGCAGGGUUCAAACUGGUCACAGCAUGAUCAUGAAAUAAACUGUGCACAGACGAACCUAACAAAAAUGUUUGCUAGUUUUUGAGCAUUCCACUUCCCAAAGAAAUGUUAUAUUCUUGCAUAAAUAAAUGUGAGCUGCAGUGUGACUAAUUUAAGCCCCAGUAAGCAUGUUGAUGAGCUCAAAACAUCCAUCAAAAGAGUGUGUCAAUGUCAUGAGAAUGAGAGGCUCAUAUUAAUAGAAUAUGUGUAAAUAAAAUUUAUGAUUGU